CAGGGAGAUAAGUGACUUACUGAAGGCAAUCUAAAAGGCUUCAUAUUUCACUAAAAAUUGAACCCAGUCCAUCUGAGUCCAUCUUAAUUAUCUAUAUACUGGCAACACUAGGUAAGCUUCUCUGCCGCACGCCAAACAGGCCCCCAGUCCAGUUUCAAUUUUUAAAAGGCUGGGCCUUGUGUGCGAUCCAGUAGGGGUAACUUGCUGCAAUAGCCCAACUUGCUGAAGAGGGAUGUUUUCUCUGUCCAACCAAUUCAGGCAUAGUGUGGCAUAGAUACUGAACCACCACACUUGCACAAUAAAUGAAAGGUUGCAUACCGGUAGUUUAGCAAACACCCAGCAUUAUCGGUCUCACAUCAUGCCACCAUAUUGUAUCUUUGUACCUAACUUAUUUUCAAAUAUAUACCAGAACAAGAGAUUUCAAAGUUCCAAUAUAAUAAUGUUUCUUGAAGAAAUACAACAAGGAUCGGGUCCAAAAGAAGAUGAACAAUGUAUAUAUCUGAAGCUUAGCGGCACUUUUUGGUAUUAUCAAGGAAUAUGGUAUGGUCAGACACAAUGUGAGGAAAGGAAAAUGGGGAAUCUUCUGAUCUUCAUCUCAAUCUCCAUGAAGCUGGUCUUGUUGGAAGCCUCUUGGAACCUUACUUAUGACCUCACCAAAGGAGAGAACAAACUGCCGUCUUGAUGUCAUGACUGAAUCCUUCUACUAUUCAUAGGUCUGUGGUUUGACAGAAGGUAAGCUAUGAAAAGGGGAAAGCUGAAUAUAUUUAUGAGUCCCUUGAAAAUCUCUCACACACUCCUCUUACACCUACACCCACACUUCAUUGGCAUAUGUUUGAGAUACAAAAUUAGGAAUAGUCUAAAGAAAGAAAAAGGAAGCAAUAUAACCAGAAUUUCCUGAGUUCAGAAAAUGACUUUAUCCUCUCCAUUCUCCAAUGAUUCUAGCUUAUUUUGAAAUGUGUGGGCUUUUGCUCUGUGAAAUCUUUAUAGGAUGCCCUGAAGUUGCCUUCAAAGAAACAUUUCUUGGAGAACAGUCUUUGGCUUGAAAGAGAAGAACCCACUUGGGAGUUGGUGUGGAUGAAAAAUCUUCAAACACUAGUAGAUCAAAGAUAGACCUUACAAAAAUGUGACUUUCUGUUCGAGCGUUGGUGUAUUUCAGUUACUGUUACAUCUGGAAAGGAAUCGCAUCCAGUGUAGCUGCUAGGAAUUGUUAGAAAAGGAAGAGAAGACAAUGGAGGUGCUUUUAUCACUCUCAUGCAUAAAUGCAAGCAGUGUGGUCUUUUGUUUUUAUCCUUCCAGAACACAUGCCAAAGGUCGCAGGUUCAAUCCACAGCAUCUCAAAGCAGGGCUGGGAAAUAAACUUGUUGGAAACCCAGAGGAGAAGCUGCUAAUCUAGGCAUAGGCAAACUCCGGCCCUCCAGAUGUUUGAGACUACAAUUCCCAUCAUCCCUGACCACUGGUCCUGUUAGCUAGGGAUGAUGGGAAUUGUAGUUCCAAAACAUCUGGAGGGCCAGAGUGUGGCUAUGCCAGCGCUAAUCAGUGCAGGUAAUCCUGAGCUAGAUCAAUCAAUUAUCUGACUCGAUAUAAGGCAGUUUCCUAUAUUCCAUAUCAUACAGCCUCACACAGACACAACCAAGAAACAAUUCAAACAAAGCACAUUUAAGCAUCAUUGAUUUCAGUGAGACCAUUGAGCACAUGCUUAAAUCUCUACCAUUCAAAUCAAUGGGAGUGGGGGUUUUCUUUUUCUUUUUUGGAAAAAAAAUUGACUGUAACAGACUCAGUAGUGAGCUGCAGGGAGCUCCUGACCUCCUGUUGCCUGUGUUGCUACUGCUUACUGGGAGGGCAGGAGCAGCACAGUGUGGUGGAAAUGUCUACCACUGCUGAUCAUACCUACAUUGCCAAGGCCGGUCCACUCAAGAGGCAAGGUGAGGCAACUAUCUCAGGUGGCAGGAGCUACAGGAGAGGCAGAUGUAGAUCUUUAUUCUCCCCUUCUUCCUGAUGUAGAUAUUCACCUAUUCUUCCCCAGUAAGGAGGGAGGCAUCUUCUGUGGUCUGCCUCAGGUGCCAAAAUGUCUUGGGCCGGCCCCGCCUACUGCAUACACAUUUAUGUGCUUCCUCUCGGCUUUAGGAUAUGUACACCCAGCAGUUCCAGAAUAUGGUAGUGUAACAUAUGAACCCUUCUGAAUCAGACCAAUGGCCCAUCUGGUCCAGGGUCUUGUUCUCACAGUGGCCAACCAGAUGUCUGUGAGAGGACAGCAACAAAGACACAGUUGCACUGUCCCCAUGCAUUGGGCUUUCAGAGGCAUGCAGUCAGUAGUGGAGCUUUCCGGCACCGUGGGGCGGAGAGCAGGCGGGGGCAGGGCUGGAGGUAGAACAUAGCCACUGAUCGCUGCGUCCUCCUGUUUGCUUAACUGAGCAGACAUAGGAAAGGCUAUGAAAAGCUAUGCAUGGGCCUUCUAUUCCCUAUAAUGACAUAAUGUGGCAUCUAUAUUUAUUCCUUAUAUUUUUACCCCACUGAAGCACAGUAACACAAACAUCCUGUCUCCAUCACUUCCCACUCUGUGGAGUCAAAACACAUACCAUCAUGUGAUAGACAAAAAUCCCAUGACUGCAAUCAUGGAGCAGGAAUUUUAACAUCUUCCUACCAUAGGAACCCAGAGUGGCAUACACAUAGAAUCUGAAUUGUAGAGUUGGAAGGGGCCCAAAGGACCAUCUAGCCCAGCAAUCCAGUUUAAACAUUUUAAACAGCUGUACAAAAAUACUAUCAGGAUAGCAGUAUAACUAUACAGAACAGCAGGAGGGAAAUAACAGUCCCAGUCCCCUUUCCCCAAAGGCCUGUAUGCACAAACAAGUGCAUUUUUAACUUGUUUGGGAGAAUGAUGCCAAAUGGGACCAUAUUAUGCAAAGAGUGGGUGGAAGAUGGAAUGUGUUACAUCCUGUUGGGACGGAGCUGAGUCAUGUGUGCAUCUCCCAGAGUAAGAAAAGGGAAGAGCAGCAACAACAAAAAUGGGAACGUGGAAUGAAUUCAAUGUUUACAAAGGUUACAAAACCAAGGCUUCUGUUUUACACACUAACUUGGCUGAAGGGUGAUGAGUCUGAUCAAGACAAAUGAGAAAACAGUGUCAGCUCUGGGGAAAUUAAAGGAGUGAAAUGUUUUUAUCUUUUUAUACAGCAUAUGAACGAUGACAAAUCAGCUGAACAGGCAGCUAGAUUAAUACAAAUAGGAGAAACUUUUUUAAAUAUUGCAGAGAGCUUAGUUGCAAGCCUUUGUGAGAAGGUUCAAUGAAGCCCCAUAAUGUUAUGGGGUUCAGAAUACAGACAUAUCCAUUAUUUGCCAUUAGAUGGGUUGAAGGUACAAAGCAAAAAGAGCUGUUUGAGUUGGUGAGCUCAGGGUUCCAGUAGAAUAGGGAUUUGGCCAUGAUUUUGACUGGUUGCAUUUGGACCAAUGACUCAGGGCGCUUCCAGAUGACCUUUUUAUGGAGUUUUUGCCCUGUUAUGCCUACACAAAGUUUGCAGGAAGUUGUACAAUGUUGACUGUUAUUGAUAAUUUAUUCUGAUUUGUUUUCUGAGAGGUUACACAAUGUUGCACCAAGUUAUUGAUAUCCCACACUUUUGGAAAGUCGCUUUGAGCUGCCUGUGACAAGAAAAAGCAAUGGAUGUAUUUAGUAAAUAAUCAUAAAAAUAGUCAUCCCUGAUUUUCCAGUUGUGCUGGUAAGGGCAGCAUCACAAAAUCCUCGGAAAAGCACCAGGGACUAAAACCCUUUUCUGCAUUGCUUAUGGGCAAAGGUGUACUGAAACCCUCCUGGAAUCCCCUUAGGGCUGCAACACUUCUAUUAUUGCAAACCAGAGGAACUAGAAGGUCCUUGUCAUGCCAGACUGUCCUUCAGUCUUUCCUUUUGUGAAUUGAGGACCCGCCACCCGCUAAGUGAUAAAUAAAACACAAGGACCCAAGUAUUUUAGGUUAAUGGUUACAGCAUGUGAGUGGUAUUGGCUUAGGCAUCAAACAAUCUAUACAUGAUUCCACCCCGCUCAGCAGGGAGUCAUUCAAGGGUUAACAACCAGUGGGAGGAGCUUGUUGAUGCAAGUACAACAGGAAGCUUCCCCUGGCAUCACCGGGGGUCAUGUAAUGGCCUUAGCCACCAGCAGGGCAUUGGACAGGAUCCACGACUGCCGGAUCCCUUUAACGGAAUACCCAACGAGGGGAGGGGUAGGUGAUGGCUACAACCUGCCUUCUGACAUACCACACAUAUUCCAAUGCCUAACCGCCAAUCAGUGGCAUAGCGUGGGGGGUGCAGGGGGGCUGGCCGCACCGGGCGCAACAUCUGGGGGGGGGGCGCUCGCACUCGCAGCUCUCUGCCCCUACCUGGCUCACUCUCUCUCUCUCACUGCAGUGCUGGCUGUGCGGAUCCGAUCCGAGCCGCUGGGUCGCCGCCCACUGUGGAGGGGGUGGGUGCCAGGCGUGCGGUGCGGAGAGAGAGCGAGGGACUAUCUGGGGGAGGGACAGUGCAGCGGCCGCCCAGCGCAGCGCUGAGCGCGGGAGAGAACCACACCAGACCAGACCAGGCAGCAGCAAGAAGACGCUGGCAGCGGCGGCAGGUUAGGGGUUAGGGGGCGCAAAUUACUUGCCUUGCCCCGGGUUAGGGGGCGCAAAUUACUUGCCUUGCCCUGGGUGCUGACAACCCACGCUACGCCGCUGCCGCCAAUACUUGAAAAGUUGUGACGAUUUGCUAUGAGGUAGGCAAAAACCAAGAGGCUGGUACCAAUUUGCCAAAUGGAUAAAAUUCCUACCAGGCCCCCUGGGCAACCAAGGCAACCAACCAAACUCCAUAGCAAGGUCAAAAGCAUAGAUGUGACCUAAAGGGAGGGUGGGCGGGUGAUCCGUCGAAUUCAGGAAGCGGCAUGAGGGGCACGGCGCUGCUAUGGCCGCUUAAACGCAGCUAAACCCCGCCCACAAGCCAGCUCUAUUGGCUGGCUGAAGGGCACGGUGCGGCAGCCAGAAUAUCUGAUGCAGGGGGGCAAAUAUGCCCCCCUGCCAACGCUGGAACCGGCUCCCGCUCACAACUCCUUCCCUUUGUUAGAAGAAGAGGCUUUUUGCUGCCAACCUCUUACCCAUUGCAUGGACUUGCAGUUAGCUAGUUUCAUAGUAAAGGUGUCUCAGUGGGUGUAUCCUGACUGUGAUUUUAUGGAUAUUAGCGUCUGGUUUUGGUGUCUAAAUUCAUGGAGCACACACGUGAUGACUUUUUUGUUUAUUUCCAUCUUAAAGCUACACACGAUGAAGGAAGAGGACAACUCAGAGGCUAAAGUAACCCAGGAUGAAAGGAAUUAUAAGCACAAAGCACGCUGCCGAUUCAUGAGGAAACAGAAAAAUGGGAUUUCACCCUGGAAGAACACUGGGAAGUUAAAGAAAAGGUUGCAGUCAAAGGAGGUAUGGCCUCCUCUAAUUCUGUGAAAAAAGUGCAGGCACCCUCCAGGACCUAGCCCUUCAAUGUCAGGGAGCCGACAAGGAGAGUACGUCAUUCACAGAUGAGAGAAAAAGAGUGAAACACUUGGCUAACUUACAGUUAGUUUCUUUAUGAAGGAAAGCAGAACAAAGAACACAGAGAGACUUCUAAAGGUUGCCCCUGUCUUAGUGACACUGUUGUCCAGACUGGCUUGUGGCUCCCCUUUCACUCCCUAGCCCUCUAUGUCAGGCCCCUCCCUCUCCAUAGCAACCUCCAAGGGACCCUCUCUAUGCCUCCCUGGCUCUCUGCUCAGCAGCAUGCAAAAGAUGCCUCACUGGGUUUAAGGCAGGUUUCUCACCCAGCUCUACCUAGAAAUGCCAGGAAUUGGACCUGGGACCUUUAGCAUGCAAAGGAGAUGCUCUGCACUGAGCAAUAGCGCUCUCCCCAUCUCACAAUGUUCAGAGAUGUAAUAUUGGUUUCAGCAUAGGAUGAACUGCAGCAGAGUGGAAACAGUGUUGCAUGAGACGGUUACUGGGAGGAAUGGAAAACAAUGCAUUCUUACAUCUCUGCUUACAAGUGGUGUGAUCAUUGUUAUUAGAUAAUAGAUCAUUGAUGUAUGAAAUUAUGAUUGUGGACCUUUCAGUACGUUAACCUUUGUCAUUUUCUUUCUAGAAAAGCCAAGAAAGUUUGAAAGAAACAAAGGAAAGAGCACCAACUCUCUCCUGUCAAGAAACCUCCAAGUCAAUUGAGAAUAGUGCUGAGGAUUUCAACACCGAGUGGACCAUUUUUAAUGAUUUGUUCUUCUCAAGUGAUGUGGCGCCCUGUAAUGAGUUCAUACCUUAUUACAGGACAUACUCAAACCUUGUGGAAAUCCCUCUGCAGGUAAAUAUAGAACUGAGCCAUGAGAACUCAGAAGGAGAAGAAGUUCAAAGCGAUGGCUGUGUCUUUAAUCCUAAGUAUGAAGAUGAGCCUCUAAAGGACGUGAGUCUCACCACGGGAUAUUUUCCAUAUUAUAGAACAUAUGAGGAAUACUUUGGCAGCUCAGAUCUUCCCAGUGAAAUACACAGUGGAGCAGAGAGCGAAGGGAGUGUGGCAAACAAUGCAGAGGAAAUCAAGAGUGAAAUUAGCUGUGAAACUGAGGAAGUAUCUGAAGGUCCUGUAAGUACAAGAAAGGCCAAAUCUUACGUUGAACCCAGUAUCAUACAAUAAUUCCCUUUAUAUCUUACAAUAAUUCCCUUUAUAUCUUACUUUUAAAAGACACCUGAAGGCAGCCCUGUUUAGGGAAGUUUUUAAUGUUUAAUGCUGUACUGUGUUUUUCAUAUUCGAUUGGGUGCCGCCCAGAGUGGCUGGAGAAACCCAGCCAGAUGGGCGGGGUAUAAAUGAUAAAUUAUUAUUAUUAAUAUUAGCUUUAUGGAUGGCAGAACAUCAUUUCUGUUGCUGCUCACCUAUGAGAUUUAGGGCCUAACUAAAUGUUAUAUAUAAAUAUGUGUAUUAAAACACCUGUAGUCUUUUUUAAAGAGAGAAAAGCCAAUAUGCAAGUGGGCAAUUUAGAGGUGUGAGGUUGUCUAACGACACCCUGGGAACUCUAUACUCUUAUCUAUUAUUUUGGAAGAAUUAUUGCUUCUUUUGUCAAAUUCAUUAUUUGUUACAAUAUUUUAAUGCCCAUUAGAGAUACAUAAAUAAUAAUGACAGAGAGGUUCCAACACUCACACUUCACAGAUCUGAGGCCCAUAGAUUUCUGAAAGAGCAUCCCAAGUAGUCCACAGUUAUUAAGGACUGGUCCUUAGUUCACAUAAUCCAUGAAUUUUGACCACACACCCCUUUAUGUUUUCAGGAUAUUCAGGAAAACUGUGAAACAUCAGAGGAUACCAGCCAAUGUUCUGAGAGUCUUCAGUUCACUGAAAACCAAGUAUUAACUGACUCCAUUGUUGAGUCCUGCGAUUCUGACCUCUCUCUCUUCGAUGAAAUUUUAAACCUGAAGCAAUCACCUUCUGACAGUGGUUAUUUUCCAUAUUAUAGAACGUAUGGGAAAUUGCUUCUCGGCCCAGAAGCCUCAAGUAAUGCACUCUGUAGCAGCAGAGAUGCACUGGAAAUGUUUGGUAUGGAAAGUGAAGGAACUUUACCGGAAACUAGGGACAAUGACAAUGGCUGUUCGGUGUGCUGAGUCCACUGGGAUUGAAACCACAGGCAUGGUUUUAAGGACUCUUACCAUUGCACGGCCUAGUAAUAAUUUAUAUUGAAACAUUUUAAUAAGAAACUGUUAUUCAUAUUAAGUUGAGCCAUUGAAAAAAUGGGUGAAAUGUACAGCUAGCUUUUGCUUGAACCUGGAGAAAUUGACCAUUUCUGGAAAAAGAUAAAGGAGAUGAAAAAGUUAUCGUUUUUUUAAAAAAACUGCCAACCCUAUAGAUGAUCAGUCAGACUCUCAAAUUGUUGAAGGAAAGAAGAAUUUUGUCAUGAUCAAGGCAAGUUCCCAAAAUACGCCCCCAUACCACUGUUUAAAAUAAGAAGUUGAUAAUAGGUGGUUUGAGAUUUAGCUUCUCUCUCUACCACAAAAACUCAAGCUGAGAAAAUCUGAGAAGAGAAGUCUUUCUGCAACCAAAUAGUUCAGCUGCAAAAAGUAUAGAAUUUGCAUAUUGAGGCAUGGAGGAUAAUAUACUGCAGAUGAAAAACUAGUGUACUUAAUCUAAUGAGCAAUCAUCUCUGGUUGCUGCCACUGACAAUGCCCUCUACAAGCACUCCUGUUACAGAAGGAAGACAGGGACAACCAGACCAAUUCUCCAUCCUGGCCAAUAGCAUAACAAAGAUUCGGUAUGUAACAGAGGUGUUGUAAUUGCUCACUAAACAGCAACUUCCAGUCUGUAGGAAUGAAAGAUGCAUUAUUCAUUGCCAUCUUUACCAGCUGAUUCUUUGUCAGAGUUUAGAAAAAUGUGGGAGAAGAAAGGAGAGGCAUGGAGACUUUGAAGAGGAUGUAGAAGUCUUCAAAUUACUAGUAUGACUGCUGAUAAGACAUCUUUCAAGCAAUACUAUAUUUCUCCAUGAUAAAAAACAACAAAAAACAGUUCCUGUAUUUUGUUAUGUUUGAUAUGAGCUAUGGAUAGGGAGGGACUAUUUUGUAUAAAAACUUAAUAAAUACAACUAUUUAUUAAUGUA